AUAACAAUUCAGUCUUUCGACCUCUUCGGCCGCCCACCGCAUUCCAGACUCGGCUUCCUCAAACUCACCUCGCACAUCUCCAAUUCCGCAGGCGAGACCCUUCCCGGCGCCGUCUGUACGUCGAAUUUAUGCUCUUUUUACCCCUUUGAACAUGUCUCGGGAGUCACAUAGUAGUCGACUUGUUUCCCAAAGCAGCACUGUUGCUCCCGAAAUACUCCCGAGUCACGCUUAAUACAGCCAAGCGAUGACUGAUACGGUUGGACAGUUCUGCGCGGCCCGUCGGUCGCGAUGCUCGUUACGCUCAUACCCGACGACAUCCCUUCUCGCCCACAAGGAAGUUCAAAAGCAGAUGGGCAGACGGACGAGGACGAGGAACGAUACGUCCUGCUGACGGUGCAGCCGCGCAUCGCGGCGGGCAGUCUGGCGUUUGUGGAACUGCCUGCGGGGAUGGUGGACGAGGGCGGGACAUUUGCGGGGCAGGCGGCGCGGGAGAUUGAGGAGGAGCUGGGGAUCGUGAUCCCGGAGCGCGACCUGGUUUGCUUGAGCGAUUUGGUCGAGCCGGUUGACGGUGGGGAGGGAGUGGAAGGAAGACAGCAAGCGGGGGAACUUCCCAGGGCGGUGUAUCCGAGUGCCGGGGGGUGUGACGAGUAUAUCCCGAUCUAUAUGCAUGAAAGAAGGGUUCCGCGGGCGCAACUUGGGAAGUGGACCGGGAAGUUGACGGGCCUGAGGGAGCAUGGGGAGAAGAUUACGUUGAAGUUGGUGAGGAUGAGGGAUCUGUGGAAGGAGGGCGCGAGAGACGCCAAGUGUCUUGCUGCCGUGGCACUGUGGGAAAGACUGAGAAGGGAAGGCAAGAUCUAGUAGACUGUGGUCUAUGCUUGAAUUUCUUGGCGAUCUCAAUCCCCUCGGCGAGGUUGGCUAUCCGCGCGUCGAUGGCAUAGCCCUCCGCUUCUAGCCUGAAACACUCCUCCCACAAAUCAGC